GUACGCCCCCAGAAAUUAGCUCCGCUAGAAUCAUCAGAGAAAGAAAUGGCGAUGAUGAAUCUGAAGCGAGCUGCAACCUCUGCAAUUCGAGCUUUCCCGGCGGCUGGUUCUUCCACCGGAGCUCUGGCUAGACACCUCCACGGUUCUGCGGGGGAGAGCAAGAAGAUCGUCGGAGUGUUCUACAAGGCCAACGAGUACGCCGAGAAGAACCCCAAUUUCCUGGGCUGCGCCGAGAAUGCUUUGGGGAUACGGAGCUGGCUGGAAUCUCAGGGCCACCAGUACAUCGUCACCGACGACAAAGAUGGACCCAACUCCGAGCUGGAGAAGCACAUCCCUGAUCUCCACGUUCUCAUAUCAACCCCUUUCCACCCUGCCUACGUGACGGCUGAGAGGAUCAAGAAGGCCAAAAACUUGCAGCUGCUUCUCACCGCGGGAAUUGGGUCCGACCACAUCGACCUGCCGGCAGCUGCUGCCGCCGGUUUGACUGUUGCAGAGGUCACGGGGAGCAAUGUGGUCUCCGUUGCUGAGGAUGAGCUGAUGAGGAUUCUCAUCCUGAUGAGGAACUUCUUGCCUGGUUAUCACCAGGUGAUCAAUGGGGAGUGGGAUGUGGCUGGUAUAGCUUACAGGGCUUAUGAUCUUGAAGGGAAGACGAUUGGGACGGUUGGGUGUGGACGAAUUGGGAAGCUUUUGCUCCAGAGGCUCAAACCUUUUGGCUGUAAUCUGCUUUACCAUGAUCGACUCAAGAUAGAACCCGAGCUGGAGUCACAGAUCGGAGCUAAGUUUGAGGAGGAUCUUGAUGCCAUGCUUCCAAAGUGUGAUGUAGUUGUCAUUAAUACCCCACUUACUGAGAAAACCAAGGGAAUGUUCGACAAAGAUAGGAUCUCCAAGAUGAAGAAAGGGGUUCUGAUUGUGAAUAAUGCUCGUGGAGCUAUAAUGGAUACACAAGCAGUUGUUGAUGGCUGCUCCAGUGGACAGAUUGGAGGGUACAGUGGGGAUGUUUGGUAUCCACAGCCAGCUCCAAAGGACCAUCCUUGGCGUUACAUGCCAAACCAGGCAAUGACUCCUCAUAUAUCUGGCACCACCAUUGAUGCACAGUUGAGGUAUGCUGCUGGAGUGAAGGAUAUGCUGGACAGAUACUUCAAGGGAGAAGAUUUCCCCGCACAGAAUUACAUAGUCAAGGAAGGCCAGCUUGCAAGCCAGUACAAGUGACCUCGCUUCCAAUGUUUAUUCUGCAUCGAGAAUAAUAAUGUGGCUCUAAGUAUGGUAGAGUUCAACUUGUAAUCCUUAGGCUAUGUAAUGGAAGACAAUCUCUGCAUAGGUCUAAAUAAACUUAACCGUUAAACAGAGAGAACCUUCUGAUGAAAAAGAUUUUGUCUUUGGAAACUGGAUGGUGAAUUGGUGAUAAAUGUGUAUACCUUACUGAUGGUUUACAUUUCGCCAGCAACAAUCAUUCAGCUAUUCGCAACCUGGUUCCGGUACAUUCGAUUCCAAGUAACAAGCAGAGAU